AUGAACGUUAAAAAAUUCUAUAUGUUUUCUUAUGUAUUAAGAAAAAAACUAAAGAUACAUAUUUCAAGUUUUUAUUUACCUAUAAAUAAUUUGCUUAAUGGUAAUUUAAUUUUUAAUAUAAAAUAUCCUCUUUUUCAUCAAUUUAGUACUAAUAGUAAAAAAACUAUAGAAAACAAUAGAAAAUAUGAAAUAGGUAAAAAAAUUAAUUUGACUAAAUUUAAAGUAACAGAUGCUUCUUAUAAUUACAUUAGCAGUGAUGAUUCAGAUGAAGAAUAUAUAUUAGAAAAAAAAUUAAAAAAAAAUGAAAAUAUAGAGAAUUAUGGAUAUGAAGAACCUCAUAUAAAAAAGGUAAAUAAUGAGAAUUUAGAUGAUCAAAGUCAGAUAAAAAAUAAAGUUACUAGUAUAAAUAAAGAAGAGAGUAUUAACAUCUAUAAUAAAGAUAACAAUCAUUCAGAUAGGAGGAGUGAUUAUUAUCAUGAUAAUAAUAAUGAUUUAAAUAAAAUUAAUAUAAAAAAUAUGGAUAAAAGUAAUGAUAACUUACAUAAUGACAGACAAAUUAAUAAAAAAUAUGAUAUAAAGAAUUCGCAUGAAUGUAUUAUUGAUGUGAACUCAAAUAAUGUAGAUUCUAUGAAAAAACAUUUUAUAGACAUUACUGAUAAAAAAAAAGAGUAUCUAGAAAUAAAAAGUUAUUUAAGUGUGUGCAUUAAAGAAAAUCAGAAUGUAUAUUAUCCUAAUGAAAGUAAAGUGAAUGCAUUAAGUGAAGAAUUAAAUAAAUUGGAAGUAUCAUUAAAACCUUCACAAAAUGAUAUUAAUAAUAUGAAGAAAUUUUUGCAUUUUCUACAAAAUGAAAUAAAUAAACAGUACAAAAAUUGUUACGUAACUCCAUUUGGUUCAGUAAUAAAUGGUUUUUGGAUGAGAAAUAGUGAUAUUGAUAUAUGUAUUCAAGUGCCAAUACUUCUGAAUAGAAAAGAUCAGAUAAAAUUUCUAAGAAAAAUAUGCUUAAUAUUAAAUAAUUUUAAUGAUGGAAUAAUUGAACAAAGAUUUUCAGCAAAAGUACCGAUUAUACAUUUUUAUUGUAAGAAUCCUAAAAAUUCCUUCGAAUUAUCUUGUGAUAUUUCUGUAAAUAAUAUAUUAGCAGUAAUAAAUUCAAAGUUAAUUCAAAAAUACGUAAGUAUAGAUAAAAGAUUGCAAAUAAUGGGAAUAGCCUUAAAAUAUUGGUCAAAAAAUAGAAAUAUUAAUGAUAGAUCAAAAGGAUUCUUAUCCUCUUUUUCACUAAUUUUGAUGAUAAUUCAUUUUUUACAGAAUGUCAUUGAACCUAAAAUCCUUCUAUCUCUUCAAGAUAUAUCUUUUAAAAGAAAUGAAAAACCUUUUUAUGUAAUGGGUGUUGACUGCAAGUACUGUCAAGAUGAGACAAUUAUCAGAGAAGAAUUGAAUAAAAUAAAUAAUUGUAAUAAUUCCCAUGUAGAUAUCUCAACAUUAUUAACAGAAUUUUUUAAAUUUUAUGGGUAUAAGUAUAAAAGUGGAAUAAUAGCAAUAAGAGAUAUAAAUGAUUAUUACCAAAAUUUUCAUGCAUUAAAAGACUUCGAGUCAUAUUUUCUGUUCGUUGAUAACCCUUUUGAAGUCGGAAAAAAUGUUGCAAAUGUUAUGCCAAAAAAUUAUAAAACAAUAAUAAAUGAAAUGAAAAGAGCUUAUAAAAUUUUAAAAAAUAACGGUUCUUGGAAAGAUGUAUGUAAUCCUAGUGAUAACUUAAUUUAUCCUUAA